UAAAGAAAGAUCCCGAGACUCAAACACAAGUCUUAUUAUAAAGGAAAUAAAGAAAACUUUCCUAAUUGGAUCAUACCAAAGCCUGGGCUCUUCUUUAUCUCUCUUCUCGUAGUUUCUUGUUUUGUUUGGUUCUUUUAGAAGAAAUAGUUUCUUAAAAAAGGGAUCAAAAUGGGAAGGGGUAGGGUUCAACUGAAGAGGAUAGAGAACAAGAUCAAUAGACAAGUGACAUUCUCCAAAAGAAGAGCUGGUCUUUUCAAGAAAGCUCAUGAGAUCUCUGUUCUCUGUGAUGCUGAAGUUGCCCUUGUUGUCUUCUCCCAUAAGGGGAAACUCUUUGAAUACUCCACUGAUUCUUGCAUGGAGAAGAUACUUGAACGCUAUGAGAGGUACUCUUACGCCGAGAGACAGCUUAUUGCACCUGAGUCAGACGUCAAUACGAACUGGUCAAUGGAGUAUAACAGGCUUAAGGCUAAGAUUGAGCUUUUGGAGAGAAACCAGAGGCACUAUCUUGGGGAAGACUUGCAAGCAAUGAGCCCUAAAGAGCUCCAGAAUCUGGAGCAGCAGCUUGACACUGCUCUUAAGCACAUCCGAUCUAGAAAAAACCAACUUAUGUACGACUCCGUCAGUGAGCUCCAAAGAAAG